AAUGCCCCUGUUUGCAACUCAAGUGCAUGGUUUGGAUUUACUGGAGACAUUACGAAUAAUCCUUUGGCACCGGUGCAAGUAAACUUUUUGAGAACGCAAACUAUAGAAGACUCUGCUUAUUAACUUGCCUAUUAAUAACUUUCUUUUAAAAGAACAACUUGAACCUGUUAUGGAAUGGGAACAGAAAUUUAUUGACUUACUUCACGAUUAUGAUGCUAAUUGGAAAGCAGACUUCGUAGAUGUGUCGUUUGGUGCCGAAAGGUCCAUUGAAGAUGAAAUUCAACGUGUUUCGGAGGCAGAAGCUAUACCUAUCGCUAUAAGUUAUGUCAUCAUGUUCAUUUACGUUACGAUUUCUUUAGGAAACAUAAGAUAUUGUAGGACUUGGUUUAUAGACAGUAAAAUUAUGGUGGCAAUUGGUAGUAUUAUCGUUGUUAUAGCUGCAAUCUUCUGUGGAGUAGGUGUCUUAGGUUACGCUAAUGUCACUCUAACUCUUCUGGCUAUUAACGUUAUUCCAUUUUUCGUGUUAUCUGUAGGUGUUGAUAACGUGUUUUUAAUGGUUAAUACGUUACACGAUUUACAAUACAAACUAAAAGAAUUCGAUGAUUAUAAUGAAAACUUUAGUUUUAACAAAAGGAGAGAGUUUUUGUUUUCUAAAAUGAUGGCUAAAGUUGGUCCUUCUAUGUUCGUAUCUUCCGUGACGCAAAUAACGUGUUUUGCAAUAGGUAGCCUAGCAAAUUUUCCUGCUGUUGUAACCUUUUCAAUAUUGUGUUCAAUAUCAUUAGGUUUUUUGUUUAUUUUCCAAAUAACCGCAGUUAUUGCCCUACUGUCCCUAGAUUACAAACGAAGUUCACAAAAUAGAAUCGAUGUUUUUUGUUGCAUACAAAAGAAGAUAUUAAAUGACAGCGAUCCUUUAAAUUCUGAAACACCAUACAAGAGCAUUUUUACUAGAAUGAUGGCUCCAUACACCAAAUUUAUUCUGAGAUGGUACAUGAAAGUUAUUGUUGUCGUUGUAUUUGCGGUUAUACUUUGUGCCAGUGUUAUGAUGAUUCCACAUAUUGAGAUUGGUUUGGAUCAGGAGAUGGCACUUCCAGCUGAUUCAUAUGUGUACAAGUAUUUGCUGGCUGUCAAUGAGCUUUUACGUUUGGGACCUCCGAUGUACUUUGUACUUAAAGGAGGCUUGAACUUUAGCAAUCCAAAUCAUCAAAAUGUAAUAUGCGGAAGUCAAUUGUGUAACGAAGAUUCUUUGACAACUCAAAUAUUUUUAGCUUCCCGCUUCAGUAAUAUUACAUACAUUUCCAGAAGUUCAAAUUCCUGGUUGGAUGACUUUUUUGAUUGGACAAAUUUGUUUGGAGCUUGUUGCAAGUACAAUACAACUGAUGGUAGUUUUUGUCAGAGUACUGAUAAUUCCCCUGAAUGUGCAUAUUGUUCGGUACCGAGAGGUAACUGGAGUAAUGGUCUUCGACCUGCUGAGGAGGCUUUUCAACGGUAUAUCCCAUUCUUUUUACAAGAUGAACCAACAGAUAUUUGUAAUAGAGGUGGACUGGCUAGUUACUACAGUGCAGUAAACUAUGUUCUUGAUUCUGAAGGAAAUGCAAAUGUGUAUGACACUAACUUCAUGGCAUACCACACUGCUUUAUCAACGUCUAAGGAUUACAUAACAGCUGUAAAGUACGCAUAUGAAAUUAGUAACAACAUUACCAACGCUAUACAAGAACAUACUGGUGAAAAUGUCGAAGUCUUCCCCUACGGGGUCUUUUAUGUAUUCUAUGAACAAUAUUUAACAAUGUGGGGUGAUACCUUCGCCUCUUUAGGAUACUGUUUGAUAGGAGCUUUUGUCUUUAAUCUCCUAGCGUCAGGAUUUAAUAUCUUGACGACAUUUGCUGUUAUAUGGACAGCUCUAAUGGUUGUAUUGAACGUGAUGGGCGUUAUGUUUAUUUGGAGCAUCCCUCUCAAUGCGGUUUCUUGUGUUAAUUUAAUUGUCUCAUUAGGUAUAGCUGUCGAGUUCUGCAGUCACAUUGCGUAUGCGUUCGCCACUAGCGAAUGUGCACCCGAUGAAAGAGUUGUGGAUGCAAUGAAACAAGUUGGUUCUACCAUUAUAACUGGUAUCACUUUGACGAACAUUCCUAUAGUUGUUCUGGCAUUCUCUUACACAGAAAUUAUUGAAGUGUUUUUCUUUAGAAUGUUCUUCAGUUUGGUUAUAGUAGGUUUUAUUCACGGAAUGAUUUUCUUCCCAGUUUUAUUGAGUUAUUUGAACAGUUUUAAGAAAAGGAAAACAAGCUAAGAAUUUUAUGAAUGUUACCAGCUGAGGCCUUCUCAUAUUGUAUAAAUUAAUCUAGGUCGG